UAAAGGUGUCAACCUACUCGCGACCUGCUCCAAGGUGUUUGCAAAACUCUCGUGCAACCAACGAGUCUGUCCUCGCGAGUUUCUUUCUUCCAUUUUCCUAUCUUCUCUGUUCGUUGUUACGACCAUUCGACAAGGACCGACCAGUGAACACUCUCUCGACUUAUCUUCCGCGAAAGGAAGAACCAGAAGUUCAACCGUUCAUCCGGCACGUGACACGGCUUCAACAUCGCUAUCAUGUUCGUCGGAAUAUCCAGAAGCAGCAAUGAGGAAGCUGAAUCGACGUAACGGUCUACGCCAGGAUGGCCAGUUGGCCGUUGAAAAUCGUACUCCUGUCCAGCGCCCUCAUCCUUGUCCGCGGGAGGGGAGUGGUGCUGGAUAGUCAGGGUCCGGUGUUGAUCUCGGAGCCACGCUCGUCGGUCGAAUUCUCGAACGAGACCGGGACAAUGAUCCAUUGUUCGGCCCAAGGUAGUCCCUCGCCAAGGAUCGAUUGGCUUAUGGGAGACGGGUCACCGGUACUCCCUAUACCGCACAUCCGUGAGAUCCUGGUAAAUGGCUCGAUGUACUUAUUGCCGUUCGGAGCGGAGAGCUACCGACACGACGUCCACUCGGCGCUCUACAGAUGUCAAGCCUCGAACAGUGUCGGCAGAGUGUUGGGCCGUGAAAUUACGGUAAAGGCCGUGGUGCGUCAGAAGUACGAGGUCCAAGUGCGAGACGCUUAUGUCCUGGCAGGAAAUACCGGUGUGCUCAGGUGCGAAAUACCAACGUACGUUAAGGAAUAUGUGGCGGUCACAUCCUGGGUUCAGGAUUCCGCCUUCAACAUCUUUCCUACGCCGAAGAGCGAUGGGAAAUAUCAUAUGCUGCCGACCGGGGAGCUCCUGAUAUUCUCAAUGACAUCGGCCGAUGCACAAUCCAGUUAUCGAUGCCGGACUGUGCACCGCGUCACAGGCGACACCGUGGAAAGUUCUUCGUAUGCUCGGCUCGUGAUGAACGACCAACCAAAACCAGUCCCGCCACGAUUCAACGAACGAGUCAGCCCGGCACCGAUACGGACCGGGGAAACGAUCGUCCUCUCCUGCAUCUCUCAAGGAAUACCGCCCCCGACGUACCUGUGGUUUCGUGAGUCCGAAUCAGGCACGGCGAUGAUCUUCAAUUCGGAGAGAAUUCACGCGAGAGCGGGCGUGUUGGUGCUACAGUCGGCCAGAGCCGAGGACGCCGGACGAUACGUCUGUCACGCCAACAAUACAGCCGGUUCCGAGAGGGUCGAAUUAGAAGUUUCCAUUAUAAGUAGUCUCUCCAUUCAUCUAGCACCUCAACAGGUGACAGUCGACUUGGGGAAAGAUGCGAAAUUUCAGUGUUCCGUUACCGGUAAGCCAGUUCCGGUGAUCUCCUGGACAAAAGACGGUCUUCCGGUGAGAGAAGGCGCAUCCGGCAGAAGUAAAAUCACUGGAAACGACGGUUCGACGUUGUACAUAUCCGCGAUCGCGAGAGACGACAAGGGGAUGUAUCAGUGUUUCGCAAAGAACGACUACGAGAUGGUUCAAGCGACCGCGGAGUUACGUCUAGGGGACGUUGCUCCGCAGCUUCUCUAUAAAUUCAUCGAACAAACGAUUCAACCCGGUCCUUCGGUCUCGCUGAAGUGCAUCGCCACAGGAAACCCGACGCCGCACUUCUCCUGGACCCUCGAUGGAUUUCCUCUUCCGCAGAACGACAGGUUUAUGAUAGGUCAGUAUGUGACGGUGCACGGUGACGUAAUAUCGCACGUGAAUAUAAGCGUAGUACACGUGGAGGACGGCGGGGAAUACCGAUGUACGGCGGCGAAUCAAGGGGCGAGAGUCCACCAUUCGGCUCGUCUCAACAUUUACGGUCUGCCCCAUGUACGCCCGAUGGGAAACUAUGCCGCAGUGGCUGGUGAAACCACCGUCAUCAAAUGUCCGGUCGCUGGUUUCCCGAUCACGAGCAUUAUAUGGGAGAAAGACGGUAAAAUGCUACCAACGAGUCGACGUCAGGAAGUAUCCCCUAACGGAACGCUGGUGCUUCAUCGUGUCGACAGCAGCACCGAUCACGGUGCAUACACCUGUACGGCAAAGAACAAACAAGGUCGCUCCGAUUCACAGACGGUUCACAUCGAAGUGAAAGGUAAAGUUUCUCGUACUCUAUCCUCCCUUCGAUUUUACUAUGUCUUUUCCGAGUGAUUUUACC